UAUCAGCUGUUGGCCUGUAAGCUUAUCGUAAAAGACGGGAGACCCAUUCCAGCUGUACCAUCCUACACGUCACACCUAAUAAUACACACUGACAACAGGCAGAGCUUGACAGAGGGAAGGGGGUCUGACUGACUCAGUGGGUCUGGUGAAGGACUAUAUAUAUAUGUCAGGCUUGCUAGGAGACAAAGACACACACUAGUAAACAGCCAGCCGAUCUAUUCCACUGGAAAGAGGUGUCUGUGGAAUCAAUACACCAACUUCAGUCACCAUGUCACAGCCAGCAGAAGUGAAGAAGAAGAAACGUCCCCCGAUGAAGGAGGAGGACCUGAAGGGAGCCCGCAGUAAACUGGGACUGAAGGGCGAAGUCAAGAGUAAGACCUAUGAGGUCAUGGUGGAGUGUGAACGUAUGGGCAAAGUGGCUCCGUCUGUGUUCAGCGGUGUGAGGACGGGGACAGAGACGGCUCUGGGCAAGCCUGCUGCUCCCAAAGCUCCCGGAGCCAGUGUGUUCAGCAAAUAGACACACAAGAUAUGACAAAAGCAGUGAAGAAACACACUAAAGUCUUUUUGUUUUCUAAGUCAAUGGUGAUGCUGCAUAAUAUGGAUUGCAAGAUCUUCUAUUGCAUUUUUUUUUUUAUGAAGUAGGAUUUAAUUAAGAUACAUAAAAGGACUAGAUUUAUGCCGGUAGAGUGUUGACAUUACUGCAGUUAUUGUGCUUUGCAAUUUGCACAGUGCAUCAUACUUGGAAAACAGCUUAGGUUUCUGGCUGAUGAAAUGAAUUGUGACAUUUGUCAGUGUUGAAAGAUUGUUGAAACAUUUGCUUAUUUGAUUUGUAACUGACCCUUUUUACUAAAUAAAUAAUUUCCUCUUG